AUGGCCCCUAAGGAGUCAAAGAAGUGUGCGCUAUAUUCGCGUCGUUCUCCAUCAAACUUAAAGAAUACAUUGGAUCAAGUUAAGAAAAUGUCUUUAAAGUAUGGAGAAGAUGUUGAGGUCCCUUUUGAAGCUUCUAAGUUCUCUAUGGUGAUGGGGCUUGCUAAUAUCGGAGUAGAAGUUCUUCUCAAAGCUAGAGAUGAUGAAAUUAUAAUUUUGAGGAAGAAAAUUGAGGAGCUAAAAGCAUUUCGUAAAACUAGAGAUCACGAACUUGUAUCUUUGAAGAAUAAAUCUGUGGAUUUUGAAAUGCAAAAUGACCAAUUUGUCAAGGAAGAAGAGUGCGAUGGUAUGAAUAUGAGGGAUGAUAACUUUUUGACAAGCACAUCUGAUUUUGUGAAUCUAAUCUCCGAAUUUGGUGAUAUUCAAAAGAAUAAAGAAGGGGAGGAUAAAGAAGAUAAAGAAGAUGACGAGAGUAAAGGACAAAAAGAAGAGGACGAGCAUGAAGAAGAGAAAGAAGAGAGAGGGAUGGAAGAAUGCAAAGAAGAUGAUGAGAAUGAAGAAGAUAAUGAAAAUGAUGAAGGAGAAAAACAAGAGGGCGAUAAUGAAAAAGAGAAAGAAGAGGAGGAAUCACUUAAGAAACAAGAAAAAUACGGUCAAAAAGACGUUACGAUUCCUCUAUUGUUCGAAAUGUUCAAAAUAGAAAUGAUAGGAAAGAAAAAACGAGAGCGAAAGGAUGAACUUGAAAUCUAUUGUGGGCGGAAAGAUUACAAUGGUCGUGAUGAGAUUGUUGACAUUGAUAACGAAAUAUUGGACAAUUAUAUGCCCGAUGAUGUCUUGGGGUUAGAAGUGGAACAUGAACUCUAUCGUGGGCGGAAAGAUUAUAAAGCUCGUGAUGAGAUUGCUGAGGUUGAUAGAGAAAUGUUGGACAAUUUUAUGUCCAAGGAUGAUUUGGGGUGCAUUUGUGGGCUACUAUUUGGUGAAAAACAUUCUGGAGAUACCAUAGAUUUCUACAUGAUCACUCUAUCUAGACAUUCCACUUCAAUCGGAUAUGAGAUUUGCUACAUUUCAACAAUUGUACAGAGAUUGUCAUUGGUUCCUCCUAGUUCUAGACACAACCCUUAA